GCCCCUGAAUCAAAAUAGCUGCUCAGAACCUUGCCAUGGGUCCCUGCCCUAGUAAACAGCAGGCCCCACUGCAAAUGUCUGUGCACUGGUCUAGCUUGCUGUGAACUGUGAGGACUGGGCCUCCUUCUGUCCUGGAUAGCGUUUCCCUAACACCAAGCACAGGAUGCAGUGCAGGCUUCGCCUCAGGAAAUGUGGAAGGACAUUUCUUUCUCAAUUUAUUUCUCAAUCCCCACUGAACCCCUUUUUCCACUUUAGCUGCUGCAGAUGCUGUUUGAGGAAGCUCUGCCCCUCGGGGGCUCUGAUCCUGUGCUUAGUACUCUUAGCCUGGUGCAGCUCAGCCCCAGCGGGAGGACUUGGGACCUGCUCUCUCCAGGGGCAAAGAACCUGUCGGUGCUGGAUGUGGCCCCUCUGGGCUUGGUGGUGGAAGGUGCCAGCGAACUAGAGGUGUCUGACUCAAGAGCUGCCUCAGAGCUGUACUUGCAGGCCACAGAGGGGGAAGGCAGGGCCUGCUCUCUGCUUACUGUCACCAUGUCCCGCCCAGGGCCUGACCCUCCUGAGGGGUCUGGGACCCAGAGUAUGUGGCGAGGGGCCUUGCGGAUCCUGCAGCUCCCAGGAGCCCUAGACUGCCCCCUGCUGCAGGUGCUGGCCGGUGAGGUUGCUGGUGAGGAGGUGGAGGGCUCUCUAUCCUGGAUUGUCUCAUGGCUCCUGGAAGGAAACAACUACACUGGUCUUCUUCUUCGCCUGGGACCUCAAGGUGGUCCACGGAGGGUGUGGGGUUCUUUGGGAGCCUCUGGGAUCUGCUCCCUGAGCUUGCUCCAGGCUGCCCUCUUGGGGGCCGCGGGAAGGAGGAUGCAGGUAAAACAGGUGAGGCCCACCCUGUGGGAUGCAGCGGAAGAGGCCCGAGCUCGCAGGGCUGGCCUGAAGAGCCUGCGUUUAGGCCUCCUGGGUGGCACCCUGACAGAUGAUGGGCUCAACCAGCUGGGCAGGGCACUGCGGGAGUUGCAGGUGGUAAAAGCCUGGAGCCAGCGCCCAGAAAGCCGGAUGCUCAAAGGGGUCAAAGCUGAGGCUGUGGGGCUCCCAGAACCACAGGUGACAAAUUCAGCAGCAAGUCACCGCCCAGGCCUCCAGGGGGAGCCCCAAGUGGCAGGAAGAACAGCAUUUCUAGAACCUGGGCCCUACCAAAAGCAUUCUCUCAGGGACUCUGAGGAACAGGCCCAUCCGGCCCCAGAUGUGGCCCUGCAGUUCUUCCUGGCCCAGGCCCGAAGGCAGAGGCUGCGAGAACAGCAGCAAAUUUGGAUCCAAGAGGAACUGAAGCAUUUGGAACAGGAGGAGGAGGAGGCGAGAGAUGACCAGGUCAAAGGCCUGGUGGCUGGAGAAGAGGCCUCUAAGGAGAGACAGAGAUGGCACCGGGAGCAGACAGUGCUGAGAUUCCAGCUGGAGGCUCUUCAGGCACAGCGGGACAUUGCAGAGCAGGACCUGAUAGCCCUCUAUGACCUACAUGUGCAGGCCACACGAGCUCGGACAAGCCAUGUGCUACAGGUGUUCCGAGCCUGGCGAGGGCUGUGGGAGGAACAGACCAUGACCACAGAGCAUCACCACCGCAGCCUGCUGGCUGGCGUCCUACGAGACAGCAUCAGCCUGGCUGCACAGAACCAGGAGCUCCAAGCCCAGAACCAACAGCUUCAGCAGGUGCAGAUGAGGCUGGGGACAGCUAUGCUGGAUCCCUGCCCUGGGGAGAAAUCUGGUGAUCAGGAAUCCUUCAGGGGCAGUUUCCUCUCUCCACAUUCUUAAGGGUCUUAGAAAGGAGAAGUUGGGACACAAUAACCAAGCUAAUCUUCAUUACAGAUAAUUAAUACCGUCAUUAACCAGGUCUCAUUGUGCCAGUCCCUGCUAAGCGCCUAACAUCCAUUAUUUCAUAUAGCCUUUUCUAGUACCCAAUUUAGUUGUAGGUACCAAUGACCCCUAUUUCAGAGAUAAGGCAACUAAAGCUAGGAGAAGUUAUCUGCACAAGGACAGUCAGCUAAUAAGUGACAGUGCCAGAAUUCAAGUCUGGUGGGCUAGAGCUCUACAAAGCAGGAGGUAGUGAUUCACAAGCUGCAGUAUGCAUCAGAAUCACCUAGGGAGCUUCUUUUAAAAAAAGAAAAAAGGGAAGGGCCAGCUGAGUGGCUCGU